AUGGCAGGGUUUUUCGAUCUCAAGGCGCGCAAGAAGGAGGCGGAGGCAGAGGCCUUGGGUGACAAGAAGGGCGCUCCCAAUGGGAAGGACAAUACACGGCUGCAGCCAUGGGUUGAGAAAUACCGCCCAAAGAGUCUCGCCGAUGUGACAGCUCAAGACCACACCAUCACCGUCCUCCAACGCACCCUCCAAUCCUCCAACCUCCCCCACAUGCUCUACUACGGACCCCCCGGCACCGGCAAAACCUCCACCAUCCUCGCCCUCUCCCGCUCCCUCUACGGCCCCGCCCUCUUCCAUUCCCGCGUCCUCGAGCUCAACGCCUCCGACGAGCGCGGCAUCAGCAUCGUGCGCAAGAAAGUCAAAGACUUCGCACGCAUGCAGCUCUCCCGACCCCCCGGCGGCAACUACCAAGAGCAGUAUCUCUGCCCCCCCUACAAAAUCAUCAUCCUCGACGAGGCCGACAGCAUGACGCAAGACGCGCAGAGCGCGCUGCGCCGGACGAUGGAGACGUACAGCAAGAUCACGCGUUUCUGCCUGGUGUGUAACUAUGUUACGCGGAUUAUUGAUCCCCUGGCGAGUCGGUGCAGUAAGUUCCGCUUUAAGCGGAUGGGAGAGGGGCAGGCGGGGACGAGGCUGAGGGAGAUUGCGGAGAAGGAGAAGGUGCCGAUGGAGGAGGGGGUGGUAGAGGCGCUGAUUAAGCACUCGGAGGGGGAUUUGAGGAAGGCGAUUACGUUUUUGCAGAGUGCGGCGAGGUUGGUGGGGGCGGCGGGGGCGGAUGGGGGGGAGGAGGUGGAGGAGGAUGCGAUGGAUGUUGAUGGGGUGCAGAAGGUUGUUACGGUUAAAUCGAUUGAGGAUAUUGCGGGUGUGAUUCCGGAUCGGACUAUUGACAGUCUGGUGAAGGCUAUGCAGCCGUCGUCGAGUGGGCUGACCUACGAGAAUAUCUCGAAGGUGGUUACGGAGAUGGUGGCCGAUGGCUGGAGUGCCUCGCAAGUUGUUACACAGCUCUACCAGACGAUCAUCUACAACGAAUCUAUCGCCGACAUCCACAAGAACAAAAUAGUUAUGAUCUUCUCCGAGAUCGACAAGCGCCUCGCGGACGGCGCAGACGAGCAUUUAUCCAUCCUCGACAUGGCAUUGCGUAUAGCCGGGGUGCUGACAAGUAAGGCAUAAUUUGUUACGCUCGCUUUCGGUUGGGCAAAGCUGGUAAUUUAUGAUCAAGGCCUGAACAAGGGGGGAAUUGCAUAGCUCUGGAGUUGCGGGGUAAAAACAGAACAGGCGUACGGAAAUGAUCAACACUUAUGAACAAGAUCUAUGA